UGAAAAGUGAUGAACCGGAAGUAUAAUGUUCCUUGAUGACUUGAUGCGCGAACUUCAUGUGCAACUUCAACACGCUGGGCACACAUGUUUAAAGAUACUCUUCAAAAUGUUUAAACAGUUAGAAAAGACACCGAGGACCGUGUUAGCAUGUGAAAGAUCACACUUGGAUCAUGAAAAGGCGAGACUCGGCACACACGUAGAACAACACUUCUUUAACCACAAGGUAUCUCUUUUAGUCCCGGGGUGUGACCGGCUCCCUGCUGAGCUCGACUCUGCUUUGAACAGCAUGAGGUCAUUCCUCCUGGUCCGAAACCUGCCUCUAUCCCAGCUGCUGGACAAAGAAUUCCUCGAGAAGGCUGUUUACAAAGGUUCAACGUAUGGUCUAUCUUACCAGACCAGAAUAGAUGAGGACAACUGUUUUGCUCUUCUACCAAAUGGGAAGCUGGUCCUGUCGGUGGACAAAGACACAUACGAGACCCUGGGUCUGGAGGGGAAACCAUCGCAGUACCAGCGCAGGCCAGCCGGGAGAUACGUUGUGAGUGUGGACCUGAAGGAUCGGACCAUGUCCCCAGGUGGUAAGGGUCACCAGCGUGUUCUGAAGGCCCUGACGGAACACAACCCUCUCAGCUGUGACCUCCUGCUGAGUCAGCAUCUCCCAGGUGACGAAAGCCCCGCCCUCCAGAGCCUGCUGUCCAAUCACAAGCUCUCAGAACACAGACCUCGGGUCAGCACCCACGUGAUGACAUCAUUACCAUGCCCCACUCUGGUGACCUCUGACCUCCAGGGGGAGCAGCAGUCAUGUGACCCUCAGAGCUUCCUGGAGUGGCUGGGGGCCGUGGACGCGGGAGUCACGUUUGAGGACGAGAGUGGCGGCUACCUGUCCACCUAUGAGUGUCCCCAGCCCCAGACGGUGGUGGACUCCGCGGUGCGGUGCUCAGUCACCGGACUACUCCUCCCUGAAGACAUCUACCACCUGCUGGACGUCCUCCGGCGCUCUGUGCUAGAACCCAAGCUAGCACCAUGGCUAGCUCUGACGGUGCACGGCUUCCAGGACAGCCCCGUCUCCUGGGGGACCGCCGAGCACGGCUUCCUGAGCGGAGGGGAGAACUUCUACACCCUGGUCCUCUUCCAGAACCUGGACUACUGGAUCUGCAUGGCCACCGGCUCGCAUGACGCCUGUCCGCCCUGACGGUUCCACCCCCAACACUGCAAGGUACUUGAGGAUGGAGUCUGUGCCCUGUGACGACCCCCACACCCUCUUCAGAGCUUCGCACUCCCGCUCGUUGGCUUGCUCCAGUGCACUUCGGUUGGUGCUGCGCAUCAGCGCCUUGGACUCCCGCAGCACCUGGGGGUCAGAUGAAGGGUAUAGCUGAUGAUGAACGCGGACAUGACCUUUAGAACGGGCCACGGUUUACCACCAAGUGUGAUGUUGAUUAGGGACAUCAAAUGUGUCCGCCCAGAUGUACGGUGGAUACAUUGUGGACUUCCAGUUGGUACAGUCCACUGGGAAGGCUGCUCUAGCCAUCAUACAGCUGGGCGGACAUUAACACCUGUGACGUCACAAGUGGUGGUAUACUAGAGGGCCCUUUAAUUCAAACAUUUAUGUUGAUGGUUUAUUUAAAACUUACUGUAUGAUUUGUAAAAAUGUAUAUAUCUUUUUUUUGUAAGUGAACCAUUUUGACCAUUGAGUCGAAUAAAAACAGACAAGUCAAUAAAAA